CCGAGCGGAGCCGGCGCGGCCCCGCGGAGGGCGACGGCCCGGCGGGGCAUGGGGCCCGGCGGGCGGCGGGCAGGAGCGGCGCUCUCGGCGUCGCAGUGAGAGCGGGAGACGCCGGCGGAACGCUGCCCGCCCCCCCCCGCCGCCGCCGCCGCCGCCCCUCCCGGGGAGAGACCUUGCGCGGUGCCGCCCGGCCCGGCCCGGCCCGGCCCGGCUCGGAUGCCGCCAUGGGGAGCCGCUUCUCCAGCAUCCCCGCGCUGCCCCGUGGCGGCCAGGGCCGCCUGCACCGCGCCCGCCACCACCACCUCAAAGAUUCCAUAGGUGGAUCGUUUUCAUCUUCCUCCCACCGAUGCCACCACAAGCAGAAGCACUGUCUCCCCAUCCCACAGUGUGGAGCUCUGUCCAUCAGCCCUCUGCUUUUCCAUCCUCACACGAAGGGAUCCCAGAUCAUCAUGGACACAACGCAGAAGGCAGUGAAACGCCAGGCUAGCUUCUGCAAUGCCAUUACCUUCAGCAACAGGCCCAUCGUUAUUUAUGAACAAGUCAGGCUUAAGAUCACUAAAAAGCAGUGUUGCUGGAGUGGGGCUCUUCGACUCGGGUUUACUUCUAAGGAUCCAUCGAGGAUUAACCCUGACACUCUGCCGAAGUAUGCGUGCCCCGACUUGGUUUCCCAAAGUGGUUUUUGGGCCAAGGCUCUGCCAGAAGAGUUUGCAAAUGAGGGAAACAUCAUAGCCUUUUGGGUGGACAAGAAGGGACGGGUUUUCUAUCGAGUGAACGACUCUGCUGCGAUGCUCUUCUUCAGCGGGGUGAGGACAGCAGAGCCUCUCUGGGCUUUGAUCGAUGUCUACGGCCUCACCCGCGGAGUGCAGCUCUUAGACAGUGAAAUCAUUCCUCCCGACUGCCUGCGGCCCCGCUCCUUCACCGCCAUCCGCCGGCCCUCGCUGCGGCGGGAGACAGAGGACACGCGCCUCUCGGUCAGCCUGUGCGACCUCAACCUGCAGGAGGAGACCUUCCACGUGACAGCCACCAUGUGCCCCAUCCCGCAGAACUCCCUCAACUCCCAGCACUCUCACCUCCUUCCCUCCCAGCUGGAGAGUGACCUCCGCUUCCACCACCUCCGGGGACCCCACGUCAAAAUCCUUGAUGACCAAACCGUGGCCCGCCUGGAGCACACCCGGGAGGAGAGGACUUUGGUUUUCACCAGCAGACCCCUUCGGAUCAACGAAACCAUUUUUGUCAAAAUCAACAAGUCCAACACCGUGCGCACAGGGACGCUGUCCUAUGGGGUGACGUCCUGUGACCCCAGCACCUUGCGCCCCAGCGACCUCCCCUAUAACCCUGAGUCCUUGGUUGACCGAAAGGAGUUCUGGGCCAUCUGCCGAGUCGUGGUGCCCCUCCAGAGCGGAGACAUCCUGGGAUUUAUGGUGAAUUCGGAUGGUGAGCUGCACUUGAAUCACAAUGGUGCUGGCACUGGCAUGCAGGUCUGCGUGGACUGUUCCCAGCCCCUCUGGAUGUUCUUCGUUUUACACGGCGCAGUCAUACAAAUUCGACUGUUGGGUUCCACCAUAUUAGCCGAGCGGCUGGGACUGUCCACACCAAGCUCACCCACAUCAACACCCAAUUCCCCCACCGUCCUCUGCAGUGGCGUCUCUGACCCCAUAUUGUCUACAUGUGGCUCUGGCCCCCUCUGCAGCUCUAUCAGUGGCACAGCUCCCAACUCUCCAAUCAGUUUGCCUGAGUCACCCAUCUCCCCGUCCGUCUCAGGGCCCUGGGGAGAUGAAUGCACCAUCUGCUACGAGAAUAUGGUAGACACAGUCAUUUACUCCUGCGGACACAUGUGUCUCUGCUAUUCGUGUGGGCUGAAGCUCAAGAAGAUGGCCAAUGCUUGCUGCCCCAUUUGCAGACGGGCCAUCAAAGAUAUCAUCAAAACAUACCGCAGCACUUAGAGCAGCAGCAGAUGCUGUGGUGGGGACUGGGCAAGUGGGGAGGAAGCUGUGAAACAACACAGGUCUUGGUCUCUAUUAAUCAUCCAGGAGAGUCAAAAACCAUCACCCACCACCACCCUGAUCCCCUCUUCUAUGGACAACAGAUGAGAUGAGCUUAGAUGCUGCUCUUCUACCCGCCAAGCAAGCCCUGGGGCUGAACUCCAGUGUGUCAGGGAAGUUGUGAUGGACUAAUCUCCCUUGUGGAUUUUAAACUUUAUCUCAAACAAACCCAGCUGGUGCAAUCAUUCCUUUUCUACACCAUGCAUAGGGGAGGAGAGUCUCCAAUGUUUUGCAGGGACAGCAAGCAGUAAAAGGUUCAGUGCUACACAUCUCCUUUCGGAGACACCCCACAUGCAGAGGACAGCUUAGCAGAAGAGGAGAAACAAGCAACAUGUUUCCAUGCACAGUCAGCCUACUGUAGGAAGCCCUCUAGAAAGGACAGAGUGAGGCAAGCUUUGACCCAGUGAGGGAGGUGCAGUGAGUGCGUUCAAAGUGGGAAGGCUGGGGCCAGUGCAGAAAACGACCCAGGAUUUGUGAAGCAAAACCCACCCCAUGUCUGCAGGCAGAAGAGCAGCCCCAUGAUAGCCCCUUGAGGGCUGUCCCCUGCUCCUCCCUCGCGGUUCCCUGGCAGAGGCAUUCAUGGCGGAUUUGGCAGCCAAACACUGGCACUGGCCCUGCUCCCUCCCAGCGGUGUUCAGCCAUCUCCUGUUGCCAUCUCACUGCAUGAUGAGCAGUGCUCAACCCCCACCACCACUGAUUUGCGUGUGGUCUCCAUGCAGCACGGAGGAUUCAGCAGCAUCGCUGCCCCCAGGGGCCUGCAGGAGAGGGUGAUGUGUCUCCCUCACCUUUCCUCCUCCUACCAUCCAGACAGCACUUGUGAGGGAGAAAAUAAAAUAAAUAAUAAAAAUAAUAAAAAGAAAUUAAAACCCCAACCCCACUGGGGAAGAAUGUAUAAACCCACAUGUCUGCAGGUUUCAUUUACUGGUAACUUUAUCACUGUGCUUUGAGACAAAACCAGCCAGGUGGUACUCAGCCCUUCACAGCCAGUCCAACAGCGGGACAUGGCUGUCCGUAGUGUUAGGAAGAAAGGAAAGAAAAAAAAAAAACUAACAUAGCUUCAGGGGUUUGGUUUGCUUUGGUUUAUUUCUAUAAAUCCCCUUCCCUCCUGCCCCAGUUGGGAACCCUGCUGUUCCUGUGGCGGGUGCCUGCAAUGGCAGCCCCACGGUUGCCCUGCCAGCUGCUGCUCUGCCAUGGCUGCUGGCCUAGCCCAUUGCUGCUGGCCCUUGGGCCUGGGCAGGGUGGCUCUGCAGCAGCAGGAGCUGCCUAUCUCCCCCCCAGCCCCAUCCUGCUGCCUUCCAGGGCCGCGCAGGAGGUAGAGAUGGUGGCUGGGCGCUGAAGCGUGAUCAGGGCAGGGGCGCAGAAGCAAUGGUGUUCACCCCGCCAUGUUGCCCACCAGCCCAGGUCGGGGAAGGCCGUGGUAUUGCACGUCUCCUGCCAAGCCUUUUCCUGCACCCCAGCACAUGGCUGCUGACAGGACAGGAGGGAACAGCGUGACAUAGGGAUAAAGGUAUUUACUAUACACAGUCACUCACUGCAGGGGGCAUCAUGCCCCGCCAGGCAACAGGUAGGGGAAGGAGCACUCACAGAAGCUGCUCCCAAGAGUGCCUGGAAAACAUGUCCUCACCCUGUCUUCUUGAGGAAAUGAAAAAAAGAAGCUGCUACUAGCUGGAGUGUACAUUGUAGAGCCUUUCUCUAAAGGCACCACCAUCACUGCAGCCUACCACGGGGGUCUGCAGCUACCCCUAGCCUGCCCCUGUGGGCAAUACUAACUUGAACACCGAUAUUCUGGUUACAGGGAUUUACAUUAUUUCUUUGCAUACCUCUCAUGUACACCCCUAACCCAACCCUGCCCUGCACCCCAGGCUGGCUGUUGAAAGCCCCAGAGUACGAAGGCUCCUGUUCCCAGACACCCUCACUGAGGGGUGGAAGGAGUCCAGGUUGACAUAAGUCUGGGGAAAGUCACAGCAGCCAUGCCAGGAGCACAGCUGGUCCACAGGCAUGUAUCCAGCCUCCAGCUUGCCCGAAGACAGAGCCAUGACCAGUAGACAGGGGGAGCCUGUUUCAGUAGUUACACAAAUUCCAGUGCAAAGAUUUUGGAAAGGACCCAAGGGGUAGGAAGGUGUUGAUGAAAUAGUGGAUAUGCGGAAAUGUGCAAUAAGCAGCCUCCCGAGCCUUCACCACACCAGUGGAACCAGUUCCCCUCUGUGCAGGGUAAGCCAAGGGGUACAUUUUAUUUUUCAAGAAACGCCAUCCAUGGGUACCAGUGCAGUGGUGUGAAAUCCCUCUUCACCUUUUGAAUUCAGAGUGUUUUAAUAUAUAACUGUGUUUUAUUGUGGACCAAACUCUAGGAGUUAGCAGAAGCUGAAAGCUCCCCCAGCAUCAGAGCUCAAAAAUCGGGGUUAAGUCCUGCUCCCAGCAUCAGCUGACCCCUGGUUGUGAGCAGGGAAGAGGAGAGCAAAGCUCUCUUCAGGGAGAAAAAAACCCAGCAAAAGCAGUAACAGUAACAACAAUCCUAACCUUUUGUUUUGUUCGACUGGUGUAGGUUCCCACGUACCUCCGUGUUCUUGUGUCAUUUGCAUUUCAUUGCUUUACUUUAAGAUGUUUUGUGUUCUGUUUAAAGAAAAGAAUAACUAAUUGUGAAAAAUUGGAUAACUGUGAUUGUGAAUAAAGUUGAUUUAGGUAUCCUGCAA